UUGGAGGGUCUCUAUAAACAGGCAGACAGAGAGAUACUGUCCUCUUCUCCCUGGGGAUACGUACUGAAAACUCAACCAACAUUGCUCUUGGAUUGUUUAACUCUUAGAGCUCGAUUUGGUUCCUAGCGCUUAGUUGAAAGAGAGGGACUUUGCAUCUCAUUGUAAUGAGAUACGACCUUCGGUGUGACUUUUGAUAUUGAGAGCAGUUACCCACCAUGCCUGGAGUGAACCUGGACUUCCUGUCGGCCUCAGAGGCUCCACAGCCCCUGGUGGGCAAUCCAGACAGCCUGUGUGCUGAGUCUGGUUUGGAGGAGGUGAUUGGUGACCUGCUAGCCCAAGAUCAGGCUGAGGAGGAGGAGAGUGAUGGUGGUGAGUGUGGGCUGGAGCUGACACUGCGCUGUGCCGUGGGGGAGAUCCACAGUGACCUGCAGGCCUUUGGGAAGCGGGUGGAUGCACGGCUCGAGGAGGCUGCAGCGCGUGUGGCUCCUCUGUCUACAGCUUUGGCAGCUCUGCAGGAGGAGAACUUGAGGCUGCGUAUCCAGCAGGAGAGGCUGGCCCGCCAGGUGGAGGCUCUAUGUCAGGCCCUGGGCCUGCCUGAACCACCAUCUUACACAGCCUUCGUCCCGGAGCCAACACCCAGCACUCCCAAUGACCUCCAACUUCCAUCCAGCACACCCCUCAGCCCUAAAACACCCGAUGGACGAGAUUGUGAACCUGAGGCCACACCAGUCCCACACUGUCCCACCUUUGCCACACGUCGUUCUUCUUCCACCUCCUCACUGAUAGGACUAGGAGGCAUCUCUCACAGCAACAGCAUGGUGGACUCCAAUGAAGUUGUAGGAGCAUCUCAAGGAGGAUCAAUGGAAACAGGAUGCAUCUGAGCUCAAUUUCAAGUCUCAUAGCAACGGGUCUAAAAACUUAUGUAAAUAAGGUUUUUCUGUUUUUUUUAGUUUUAAUACAUUUACAAAAAAAUCUAAAAACCUGUUUUGGCUUUGUCAUUAUGGGGUAUUGUGUGUAGAUUGCUGAGGUUUACAAAAAAUAUAUAAUAAUUUUAGAUUAAGUCUGUAAUGUAACAAAAUGUAGAAAAAGUGAAGGUGUCUGAAUACUUUCCAAAAGCACUAGUGUGUGUGUGUGUGUGUGUGUGUGUGUGUGUGUGUGUGUGUGUGUGUGUGUGUGUGUGUGUGUGUGUGCUAUCGUUCAAAAGUUUGGGGUUACUUAGAAAUGUCCUUGAUUUUUAAAGAAGAGUACAUUUUUUGUAAAUUAAAAUAACAUAAAAUUGAUCAGAAAUCCAGGUUAGACAUGGUUAAUGUUGAAAAUGACUAUUGUUGCUGGAAAUGGUUUUUAAUGGAAUAUCUACAUUGUCAUACAGAGGCCCAUUAUCAGCAACCAUCACUCCUGUGUUCCAAUGGCACGUUGUGUUAGCUAAUCCAAGUUUAUAAUUUUAUAAGGCUAAUUGAUCAUUAGAAAACCCCUUUGCAAUUAUGUUAGCACAGCUGCAAACUGUUGUCCUGAUUUAAAGAGGCAAUAAAACUGGCCUUUAGACUAAUUGAGUAUCUGGAGCAUCUGCAUUUGUGCGUUCGAUUACAGGCUCAAAAUGGCGGGAAACAAAUAACUAUCUUCUGAAACUCGUCCGUCUAUUCUUUUUCUGAGAAAUGAAGGCUAUUCCAUGCAAGAAAUUGCCAAGAAACUUAAGAUCUCGUACAACACUGUGUACUACUCCCUUCACAGAAUAGCGCAAACUGUAACCAGAAUAGAAAGAGGAGUGGGAGGCCCCGGUGCACAACUGAGCAAGAGGACAAGUACAUUAGAGUGUCUAGUUUGAGAAACGGAUGCCUCACAAGUCCUCAAAUGUCCUUCUUUUUCAUUGUUGCAAAUAAAAAACACCAGCAAAUCAGCUUCAAGUGAUUUUAAUUUUGUAAAUCUGUUCCCAAGUAUUACUACGCAUAGAGACACGUGAUCAAAUACAAAUGUAAACAAGGUUUGAAAUGGUUUUGUUUUAGUCAAAUAUUAUCUGUUUGGCCUUCUUGCGGUCAAUUUGCAGCCUACAACUUAUUUAUAAUUAUGUUCUGGCCCCCGACCAUCCACUCAAGUACAAAUGAUCCCGCUGCUGAGUCUAGUUGAUUCUUGGAGUACAUGCUCCCCCUCCCACCUCCAAACGUUCCAGGACGUUUUCCUGAAAUCCUCCAGUGCUCAUUCCACCCUAAAUGUCAGCAAACUGCUGUAAACACAGCUGUAGGGGUUGACGGAUCAGAAGCCUCCCUUUUCUGUCCCUCCCCUGGCCUUGUGUGUUCUGGUCCCAUGGUUUCUCACCAGCUGGAAAAUGGUAUUUGAGUAUGAUCGACCACCUUUUGUAUCUGUUUAUGUCUGUGCUGAAAUUAACAUUGACCCUCAGCUGAGGAUAAAAAAUUGUUCGCACUCACAGUCUAAAAUGGAUACCAAUCCUGAUUUAAAAAGCUGUAUAACAUGAAAAUA